AGAUGACAUUACCCCGACGACGACAUGCAAAAACAAUGACCCUGUCCAUUCGUCCCUAUGAAACUACACCACCCACACUGCAUAGCGUUUAAACGUCAUCACAACAGGAAGUAUCAGAGGCUGGGCGGUCUGGGAAGUAACGUUGUUGGUGUAUGAGCAGAGCACUGUAGUAGGAAAAACUGAGACCUGAAUCAGAGGAAAGAUUCCCCGUCUGCCAGCGCCCAUGGACGACGCCCAGGGCCAACACAGCCCCAUUAGGAACGCAUAAACCCGACGGCUGAGGCUUUGUUCCGUCGGUGUAUCGCGGUGGAUCGUUCACCUAUGAUGGAACGGGCGAUGGAGCAGCUUAACGUACAGCUCAGCCGGCUGACCCGUUCCCUCCGCCGGGCCAGGACCGUGGAACUCCCGGAAGACAAUGAGACAGCAGUGUACACACUCAUGCCUAUGGUCAUGGCGGACCAGCACAGGUCAGUGUCAGAGUUGCUGCUCAACUCCAAGUUCGAUGUGAACUACGCUUUUGGACGGGUGAAGAGGAGUCUGCUGCACAUUGCUGCCAACUGUGGCUCAGUGGAAUGUCUGGUUCUGCUGCUGAAGAGAGGUGCCAACCCAAAUUACCAGGACAUCUCAGGCUGUACUCCUCUGCAUCUCGCUGCUAGGAAUGGACAGAAAAAGUGCAUGGGCAAACUAUUGGAAUAUAAUGCUGAUGUCAACAUCUGCAAUAAUGAGGGACUGACUGCUAUUCAUUGGCUGGCAGUGAAUGGGCGGACGGAGCUUCUCCAUGAUCUGGUUCAGCAUGUGACCAAUGUGGAUGUGGAGGAUGCCAUGGGCCAGACAGCUCUACAUGUAGCCUGUCAGAAUGGACACAAAACUACGGUGUUGUGUCUUCUGGACAGUGGCGCUGACAUCAACAGGCCAAAUGUUUCUGGAGCAACGCCUCUUUACUUUGCCUGCAGCCAUGGCCAAAGGGACACAGCACAGAUCCUGCUCUCUCGAGGUGCCAAAUACCUCGCUGAUAAGAAUGGAAUCACUCCUCUGGAUCUCUGUGUGCAGGGUGGAUAUGGGGAAACCUGUGAGAUCCUCAUCCAGCAUCACGGCAGACUGUUCCAGACCCUUAUCCAGAUGACACAGAACGAUGAUAUCAAAGAGAGCAUGCUCAGGCAGGUUCUGGAGCACGUCUCUCAGCAGAGCGACAGUCAUUACCAGAGGAUCUUGACUAGCCUUGCUGAAGUGGCUACCACCAAUGGACACAAGCUUCUCAGCCUGUCCAGCAGUUAUGAAGCUCAGAUGAAGAGCCUGCUGAGAAUCGUUCGUAUCUUCUGCCAUGUGUUCCGUCUGGGGCCUUCGUCACCCAACAACGGCAAUGACAUGGGCUACAAUGGCAACAAGACGCCUCGCAGCCAGGUCUUUAAGACUCAUCGGAUGAUGACAUCGGUACUCUCUGAGCCGGACCACAACAAACAAAGAGAGAGGCAUCCCCAUGUAACGCCGUUGGAGCUGUUGUGGCACUCACUCGAUGAGUGGCUGGUGCUCAUCUCCACGGAGCUGGACAGAAACAAGAAGAACCCAUCUUCCUCUUCCUCCAGCAGCGAGAUAGCCUCUCUGCUUCUCAAACAGCGGGAGGUCGACCAAUCCAGCUCUACUCCAAAGCUCCCCUCUCUGCUGGACCCACAGAUUGUCAUGGAAACUGAGGUGUAUGCGGAUGGGGAGGAUGUUAUUUCCAUGACAGCCAAUCGUCUCAGCGCCGUGAUCCAGGGCUUCUACAUGUGCUGCUCCUGUCAGAUGCCACAAGGAAUGACGUCUCCUCGCUUCAUCGAGUUUGUCUGCAAGCAUGACGAGGUGCUCAAGUGUUUUGUAACCAGGAAUCCAAAGAUCAUCUUUAACCACUUUCACUUCCUCCUGGAGUGUCCGGAGCUGAUGUCACGGUUCAUGCAUAUUAUUAAGGGCCAGCCCUUCAAGGAUCGCUGUGAGUGGUUCUAUGAGCAUCUGCUGGCUGGCCAGCCAGACUCAGACAUGGUUCAUCGGCCGGUCAAUGAGAACGACAUCCUGCUCAUCCACAGAGAAUCUAUCUUCAGAAGCAGUUGUGAGAUGGUUUCCAAGUCCACCAAUGAGAAGCUCAAACAGGGCAUCGCUGUUCGCUUCCAUGGCGAGGAGGGGAUGGGCCAGGGUGUAGUUCGGGAGUGGUUUGACAUCCUAUCCAAUGAGAUCAUCAACCCAGACUAUGCUCUGUUCACUCAGUCAGCUGAUGGUACAACUUUCCAGCCCAACAGUAAUUCCUCAGUGAACCCUGACCACCUGAACUACUUCCGGUUUGCAGGUCAGAUUCUGGGUCUGGCUCUGUACCACCGACAGCUGGUUAACAUCUACUUCACCCGCUCCUUCUACAAACACAUACUAGGUAUCCCUGUGAACUAUCAGGAUGUGUCAUCCAUCGAUCCAGAGUAUGCUAAGAACCUGCAGUGGAUUCUGGACAAUGACAUCAGUGACCUGGGUUUGGAGCUCACCUUCUCUGUCGAGACAGACGUGUUUGGCGCAAUGGAAGAAGUGCCGCUCAAACCUGGAGGCACCAGCAUGCUGGUCACCCAGGACAACAAGGCCGAGUAUGUCCAGCUGGUGACAGAGCUGAGGAUGACGCGAGCCAUCCAACCUCAGAUAAACGCCUUUCUGCACGGAUUCCACACCUUCAUCCCCGCCUCGCUCAUCCAGCUUUUUGACGAAUACGAAUUGGAGCUGCUGCUGUCAGGGAUGCCAGAGAUUGAUGUGCAGGAUUGGUGCAGGAACACAGAGUACACCAGUGGCUAUGACCCUCAGGAGCCAGUUAUCCAGUGGUUCUGGGAGGUGGUGAAGAGCCUGACCCAGGAGGAACGGGUUCUUCUGCUUCAGUUUGUCACUGGGAGCUCCAGGGUUCCUCAUGGUGGCUUUGCGUACCUAAUGGGUGGCAGCGGUUUACAGAAGUUCACCGUUGCUGCAGUGCCAUAUACCUCCAACCUACUGCCUACCUCUAGUACCUGUAUCAACAUGCUGAAACUCCCUGAAUAUCCAACCCAGGAGGUCCUGAGAGACCGGCUGCUGGUAGCGCUACAUUGUGGGAGCUACGGAUAUACUAUGGCAUAAACAUCAUAUCAGUUCCUGCUGCUGUGAGGUCUGCAAACUCAUGCAAUAUCUGACCUCCUCCACAGACAUUCUUUGUAGUCAGGCGCUGCUUUUGCUGGACAAAAAAAAAAAGGGAAACCCGGAUUGUUGUAAAUGAGCUGCUGGACAGGCACAAGACUGAACAGACUCCACAGCGUCUGGAUCUCCACUCACACCUGUGCCACAACUUCUAUUUUUUUAAUUAAAAUUGGUAUCUGUCAAUUUAUGCAAAUGAUAGUGUAAUUAUCUUUAAAUUUGACUAUUUUAAUGCAUACAUUUAAUCAAGUGAAACUACAUUUAUACCCUGAAUUCUCUACGUAACAAACAGGAUAAUCACGGUAUUCAUGCAAGCUUGCUGAAUGUCAUGUAUUUGACUGGAAACAGUGUAGAAUUGAUCAGUUUCAAACGUGCAAUCAAUCACCCUACAUUAUAUCCAUGUUACAGGUUCACAGUGCAGAAGGGCCAGUAUUAUAGUACCCACAAACUGGUUCUUUUAGUGUUUUUCAGUUUAAGGUUAAAAUCUUUUUUUUUGAUGGUGUUGUUUUUUCGGGUCCAUCUCCUGUUUUUGUCUUGGCCUUUUGGCCCAGUAGCUCUUCUCUGAAAUAGAACAACUUACAAUCAGGGCUGGAACAGAUGUUUCAGAUACCAGUGCCAAUAUGUUUACUUAUUUGUUCAACGUUAUAGCAUCACUGAAAAACCCAACAUCUCUUAUUUUGUUCAACAAAGAAAGCCAAACUUCUCAGAUGUUGCAGUAUUUAAAAUUCGGUAAAAACAAUGCACUUAUGGCCAAAAGAAUGCAGACAGCCAUUCUAGCUGUAUGUGAGAGUUGGUAAUGUCAUUUCCAAACCACGGGCAUUAUUUGCCGCUAUAUCAGCCUCUUUCAGCUUGUAGUUACAGGCUUUCCACCAGAUGUUGAACCUGGCUGACACUUCUCCCAUAGCAUACUGGGUAAAGCAUCGCUGUAUGGAACUGGCUUUGUGCUUGUUAAAACAGGAAAGGACAAAACACAAACUGCUGACACAAAGUUUAAAGAUUACUACUGUACUAAAAUAUUGUCGCUAGCUGUAGCCUUCACAUUUCCCAUCAUAGGAACUGAGGGGCCCUGACCACAGACCCAAUAAUAAUAGAAUCCAAUUAAUGAUAAUGAAUUAAGAUUAAAAUAGCAAUUUCUUGAAGUUGAGAAGCUGCAACCAGCAACUGUUUAGUCAUGAUUAAUUGUUUUGGAACUACAAAAUAUAAAAAAUUAAUAAUUUAGGAAAUACCUUAUCAACAAAUGAGUCAAGACUAAUUGUGACCAAACAUUUGUACCAACACUGAGCACUUUAAAGUGCGUCUUAUCAACAACAGGCUGAAGGCAGCAUUUCGCUGCACUGCAGGGAUAAUUGGGAUUUGAUUUUUUUUUUUUAGGUUUUACCUUGUUAUUUUUUUAACACUCACCAUUUAAGAGGACUUUAGUUGAGUGUGGCUAACUAGUGGUGACUGCAGCUGAGCAGAGCACUUCCUCCACAUGUGUUAGAUAGGCUGCUGGACUUGAAGUCCUCUAAUGGUUUUUGUUUGCAAAGGAUACUGGAGCUCAGGUCAAAUUCCAAAAGACACUUGAUGGCUUCCAUAUAGUGUAGGCUGGUUCCAGUAGUUCUGGUCCGUGUAUAUUUAAACAUUUGACGACUACUAGUACUUGACUGAAAUAAUAAAAACAUAAAGUAUCUAUUUUUUCCUCCAUUAGCGUUUCAGUCCUUUAUCAGCGAAGAAGGCCAAAAACAGCUUUUAUGUUAACUGAAGAAAUCAAAUAUGUGUGAAUAUUAGAGUUUGUUUCUGUGCCUACCCACACUGAAGUCUGUAUCAAAUUACACUAAUAGCAUUGUCAGCUGUUAAAAUAGUCAGGAGCACUGGCAAAUACUUAUAAAGAUCACUGCAGAAAACUCAGUUAAAAAAUCUUUUUUGAGUAUGUAUAAUUCUGACCAAAUAAGUACAAAUGAACACCAAGGAUAGACAGUCUGGCCUCAUCCAGCUGUGACUGAAUAUGAGUUUGCUGAAGAGAAGACUGAAAACAUUUCUACAGGUAUUUGAAUUACUGUAAGGCCAAGAUGUUUUCCAUUGUCUACAUACUGGAGCUGCAUAAACACGCCCUGUAGCAUGAAAUGCAUGUGUCAUGUAGUUUACUAUAUGCAAUGCUUUGUCAUUUUUAGGUGAGGAUUUUGCUGUGAUGUGUAUUUGUGCAUCAUGAAUGGAUAACAAUCCUCUUUACUGAUAGCUUUCUGUUUGUCCCUGUCUGUGACUUCGGCAAGGAGCUACCAUAUACAAGAUACCCACAUGACAACAGUUUGGCAUGCAGUGCCAAAAAAUAAAAGCUGGAAUCCUUUUAAAAACUUUUUUUUUUCUCUUUUUUUUUUAAUAUUUUUGCAGAUACAAGCAUGCUGAAAAUGUGUUUUUAUUGUUAAAAAAGUGGGGAUCAUGUCAUGAAGUUUCCCUGCAUUCCAUUUGUAAAGGGAGAGUACACUUUGAUUUAUUAUCUAUCUGUUUGAAUGCCUCGCCUGAAAUGCUUUUGUAAAUUGAUGUCAAUGUUUAUUGAAAAUGGAGCCUUUAUACAUAUUGCUGUAAAUAUUUACAAUAUCAAAUGAUGUGUUUUACCAUAAAUAUAUCUUGUGCUUUGAGAUUUUAUCCAAUAAAAUGUUUUUGACAAUC